AUUUCCCCAUCCUAUCUUUUACAUACACACUGACAUCCCAUUCCAACACCUUCAGAAGCCCAUCAUCCGCCAACAUCACCAACAACAACCAAUCAUCAGCCCGCAUGGCUCAGUGGUAGAGCGUGUCACUAGUAAUGACAAGGUCGUCAGUUCAAUUCUGGCUGUGGGCAUCUAGACUUUCUUUUUGAAACUCUAUUUUUGACGACUCCAUCUUCAUGUUGUGUGUGGUGGAGUCUGUGGUUCAGGAAGGUUACAUCUUUGUGCGGCUCUAGCUACUGUCGGGUUAGGGUUGAGCGAGUGGCCCUAAAUAGAGGUCAAGACUACCUGCGCCGUGUUCUUACUUUCCCUUCACCGUGCACGAUGCAGGUAACUUCCGACUGGGCUCGGGGCCAAACUGGAUGGCUCCGAGUGCACUCGGUAGGUCACCUCAGAAUUCGCAACGGACUCCGGUGCCAGGUGUAACGGUCUCUGUUAGUCUCCGACAGCGGUACGUCCGUAGCACGACAGGUUCAUUCGCCGCGCGGUGAGCUCGGUCCGGCCAGCAACGGAGGGAAUUGAGUCCAGGAUGGUAUAAGUAAGUCCCCCAUCCACACCUUUCUUUUGCUCGAGUAUCUUGAUCAACACACAGUCACUCAAUCAUUUCAGCAACGACAUCAACGCUUCCAUCAAGACCAAGAUGUCCCCCAAAACCCUCCGCAUCGGCGUCCUCCUCGAGCUAGUCCAGCUCUCCGACAUCAUGGGCAUCGAUCUCUUCGGCAACCUCUCGGCCAGCUACUUGAACCAGGUCCUUCCUCUCGACCCCAAGUUUGGCGCCUUUACCCCUCACGCAAUGAACAUUGAGUUCUUUUACAUCGCCUCCUCCCUCGAACCGGCAACCACCACGCCCCCCAACGCCUCCCUGCCAAACUCCAUCGGCGGGUUCAGAUUCUUGCCCAAUGUGACCUAUGAUGACUGUCCGAGGGACCUUGACAUCAUCCUCAUUGGCGGCCCGCUGCCCACCCAUAGACCUGAAGCAGCGGACAGGUUCAUGAAGGAGGCCUGGGGCAAGACGAGGGUGUGGAUGACGACUUGCAUUGGGAGCUUGUGGCUGGCUUCGACUGGGUUGUUGGAGGGGAAGAAGGUGACCACCAACAAGGAGUUUUUGCCUGUGGCGCGAGCGGGAUUUCCCGGCACCGAGUGGGUUUACCAGAGGUGGGUGGUGGAUGAGAAGCCUUAUGAGGGGGAUGGCAAGGGGAGCUCUGGACAGCGGGAGGGCGGGGGCUGA